AUGGCUGUUAAACCCAUCACCGGCAUGCUUAAGCGUGCUCUGAUUAAAGAUGUCUCUGUUGCUCUUGGACUUGGUAUUGGCGCUGCAUACGUCUUUUGGCUUGGAUUCCACCUUCCUUCAGUUCGAAAACGCAAUAUGUUUUAUGAAAAGCUUUAUCCUCCAAAGUCAUAG